CAGAUAAAUAAUAAUCCGAAGAAGAAGCACAUGCAACGUCACUUCCUGUUAGCUGAAGCGUGUUCAGUGUGGGUGCUGAAACAAGAACAUUAGAGUCAAAAAACUACUGCCAAAAACGCCAAAUUCACUUUGAGGGAGACAUGGCAGGGGAAAUCGGGGCAGAGGACUACCCACACGAGAUUGACGAGCAGCUGACAGGUUUCAAUUCUUCAGUUUCGUCUGUUCAGACCAUGUUGGAGAAGCUCAUGUCGAUGCCCAGGAACGAGCUCCUGCAAAAGCUGGACCCUCUGGAUCAAGCCAAGCUCGAUCUGAUGUCAGCCUACACACUGAAUUCAUUAUUCUGGAUGUACUUGGUUACAAAAGGAGUAAAUCCAAGAGAACAUGGAAUAAAGCAGGAGUUGGAGCGAAUAAGGACUUACAUGAACAGAGUGAAAGAGAUCACAGACAAGAAGAAAGCUGCUCGUCUGGAUAAGGGAGCUGCUGCACGCUUUCUCAGGAAUGCUCUCUAUGAACCAGAUGAAAAAGACUCAAGAAAAAAAGUAGCACCCAAGAAAGCAGCUGACAGAUCAUCUGACAGCCCACAGACAAAGCGUCCAAAGCAGAGCUGAGGUAAAGGGUGGGCUGCACAGUCUGGUUACUUGGCAUUUUGUACUACUCUUGAAGACUGCAAUAAUCAUGUUUCACUCUCAAGGCAACAAUAUUUCUUCAUACAGGACAACAUGAGCAAUACAUUAAAAUACACUUUGCCAUAUAUUUGGGUUGCUUACCUGUCAAAACAGCCUGUCAGAUUUGUGAUGACUUUAAUCCCCAAAGCAGUCAUACAAUGUUUUUAUUUAGAAAAAACAGAAGACUUGUUUCCCUCCUUCACAAACUUCACACGUUGACAGCACAUUGAUAUGACUCGAUUUUUUUUAAAGUGAGUUUACUGCUGAGAUUUUUGUUCCAAAAACAGUAAAAUGACAGUGUUAUUUAGUCGAGUGAGGGUCAAACCAGGUAAGGUAGUGUUUGAUUUGCACGGAUCAUUUUUUUUAGUUAAAUGAGUAAGAGUUUUGUCUGUAUUUUGAAAAUGAUUCUAUGAAUCAUGUUUUUUGUUUCCAGUUUGCAGGUUUUUACACAUGUGCCUUCUGUUAAACAUUGUAUUGAAAAAGUUGGCUUGGGUACAUAAUUAUCUUCUGCAUAAAAAACAUACUAGAAAAGG